GUUUGGAGCUCGGACUUUCCAGACCCUUCUAUUAUUUUCUUCUUUCUCGCUUUUUAACUCUCGUUUCUCAUUCGUUUCUCUCACAUUCACGAUCGAAUCCUCUCCACGUUUAAUUAAAAUUCACUGACUAACCCACUUCAAUGGCGAAGUACGGUGAGGGAGACAAGCGUUGGAUCGUUGAAGACAGACCAGACGGCGCCAAUGUCCACAACUGGCACUGGGCAGAAACGGAUUGCUUAGAAUGGUCGAGAAAUUUCUUCAACCAGCACUUAACAAAUAUCACCGUAUUGAAUGGCGAAGGAAAUCUUUUUAUCAAGAUCAAGAAGCUUGAAAAGCUGGAGGGUGAAGCUUAUGUUAAUGUCCGGAAGGGGAAAAUUAUCCCGGGAUAUGAAUUGAAUGUUACCCUUUUGUGGGAGGGCGAAGCAAGGGAUUCUGAAGGUGGGGUUUUGUUGAAAGCUGAAGGCUCUGUGGAGAUCCCUUAUAUCUCGGAUGAGAAUGCUGACGAAAACCCUGAAAUUAGGGUUAUAGUGAAGGAUGAGGGGCCAAUCGGGAAGAGAUUGAAAGAUGCUAUGUGGGAGAAAGGGAAAAUUUUGAUCUUUGAGAAGGUGAGAGGUUACGUCGAGAGUAUGGCUAAAGGGGGGCCGUGUAAGGAGGAGUUAGAGACAAAGAAAGUGGCCGCGAAGCCCGAGAAGAAAGUGGAAGCUGGAGGGAGUGUGGUGGUGGAGAAGAAGGAGGUUGCUAAGAAAGAAGUGAAGAAAGAUGAGAAGAGAAAAGAAGGGUUUAAGACGAUAACUAUGACCGAGAAAUUUAGUUGUAGAGCUAGGGAUUUGUAUGAGAUAAUGAUGGAUGAGAAUAGGUGGAAGGGGUUUACAAUGAGUAAUGCUAAAAUAAGUAAGGAGGUUGGUGGAGAGUUUAGUAUUUUUGAUGGGUCGGUUACAGGGAAGAAUAUCGAGUUGCAAGAGGGGAAAUUGAUUGUGCAAAAAUGGAGGUUUGGAAGUUGGCCUGAUGGGAUAGAUUCGACGGUGAGACUCACUUUUGAGGAGCCUGAACCAGGGGUAACCAUUGUGAAGUUGAAGCAUGUUGAUGUUCCUCAAGAAGAUAGAUAUGGGAAUUCAACAGUUGUGGAAAACACUGAGAGAGGAUGGCGGGAUCUUAUAUUCCACAAAAUACGAGCAGUGUUUGGUUUUGGAAUAUGAUUCUUUUUCUUUUCUGUUCCAAGUGAAGUCACAGAGUCAUUUUAAAAGCGUAGAAUCUUGUUGAUCAACUUUGUUUGAGUCAAGAACUGUUAUAAGCUAUUGAUUACAAAAAUUAUAAAAACAAUGUGAAUCUUGUGGUCUUAUUUCAUUUGCUUUUUAUGUUAGACUCAAUCUUGUCUGUCUGAUGUUUCUAAUAACUAAAAUUUCAAAGAAUGAUGAGGGAAAUAUGUCAUAUCUUUAUGAUUUUAA